AUGCAAGAGUUAGCAACAACACACCAUGAAUCUAUCAAAAUCAACAACACUACACAAUUUCUAGUAAUAGCAGCUCUACAAAUGAUAACUUUACAAGCAAUAGCUCUAAAGAUAGCAACUCUAAUAGCAAAGCCUGGUUAUCUAAAAAAAAGAGCUAUCUCUUCUAAUAUUAAAGCAACAUCACCAAUUGCUAAAUUAUCACCAAUACAAUAG